AGUCUCACGCUCAUUGGCCGAGAAAAAUCGGUUAUUCGACGAGAUCCCGUCCCGCGAAGUCGCUCCCCGAAUGACGAGCCACUUCGGUCCAAUUAAAAUCUAACGUCGAUUUAAAUAUCAUUCUACUUUACCUUGACGUGGCAAACGACAAGGAUGACUGAUUCCAAGAACGUUACUUGCACGAAGAACACGAAAAAUCCUGACGUUCCUGAUCGGUCUUCUCUAAUCGCAUACGGGAAUAAAAGUGUAGAAUUGAGACUCAUGAAGGAUUCAAUAAAUAUGUACCGAGACAGCUUUCUGGAGAGAGAGAAGAUACUGGAAGAAGAAAAACGAAAGCUAGAGGAAUUAAAUUAUCAAGUGUGGUCACUGGAGGACUCGUUAUGCGGACAGGUAUGGCAAUUCUCGCACAAACACAAUUUUGGUGAUAUCUUUCAAUAUCAUCCAUUUGUUACGGACAAUGCGAAGCGAGGCAACUAUAAAAAUACAGAUAUGGAAAGGAGCUCCAAGCUGAUCGAUCUUACAAAUAAAAUCGAUGCUAUCAAAAAGGAAAUGAUUGCCCUUAACCAGAGAAGGAAUGUCAAACGAGAGGUGGAGAGCGCAUUAAUAAAAUUGGGGAAGUUGCAACUAAUUUCGGACGAAGUUACAGAAUUACUGAGGCUGAUAUGCCCCUCGGAAUCUUCGUGUAAAUUCGAGACGAUAUCAAUGCCGAUAUACGAUGAAAUGGUUCCUAAUCACGUAAACAAAGUCAAACGACGUAGGAAUGAUCCAGAUCGCACAAAACACGUGGAGAACGUCAGAUCGAAUCUUGUACCUAAGGACAAAUCAAUUACUUUGAGGACCGAUAAACCGCCUCUUAUGCACAGGAAAGAAUUCAUAUUUACGACUCCUACGAAUUAUCCUCAACUGUCCCUCGAGAGGAGUCUUAUAUUAACUGCGAAUACGGUGAUCAUGAACGCAUCUGCAGAAUCCUCGAGAAAUGAGAAGUUGAAAAAUUUUACUCUGAAAAAACGCAGCGAGAUUUCCAUCAGAUUUCAACAAUACCAUAAGCACAAGUAAUAAUCAGUGAUAAUUACAAAUAUAUUCGUACAAAUUCAAUGAUUAAAAAUGGUUAAGGAGAGCAUUUCGAUUUUCACAGACAUAAUAAGUUUAUUAAAAAAAAUCACUAUAAUAAAGACUUACUAGAAUUAUCUCAACUAUGUUACAUUGUAAUUAAAAAAUCGAGUAUUAAUAACUUAAAGAAGAUACGCAAAGUUUUGCUGAACUUUCGCCAGGGGGAUCGAAGAGAAAUCGCACGAAAAAGUAGAGAAACAUGUGAAUUUCGGGAAAAUAUUUUAUAAUAUAUUUGCGCGUUUAGAAAUAUUUAUACAGCGUCCGGCGUAUAAUCGCGUAAUGUACAUUGAAAUUACAUUUAAUAUUCUUGGAAUUAUACACAAUUAACACAAUAUAUCGUGUUGCGCAAUAGACUAUUCGACAAGCGUUUAUUUUCUCGGAAUAGUGUACUGGGCGUUUGCAAUCGUCACGGUAAAUUUAUCGCUUGCAAACCACGUGGACUAUGUGCCGUAUUUAUCGAUCUGUUUUUUUUUCUCUUUUUUUUAACUGUUUAACAGUUGGAUCGUCCUUCAUCGACGAUCUUGGCAACUUACAUGUGAAUGGCCUUAAUGAGUUCUCCACAUGCAAAGACUUUCAUUACAAUAUCUAAAGACUAAUUUGUCAAACGGUCGCCACACCGUCACAUCGUUCAGAUGUCGUAAAAAAAUGUUAACAUUAAUCAAUCUAAUUAACACAUAUCCUUUAAUAAAAUUGCGCAGCCUUUAUUUGUAGAACAUCCUAAUGUUCUAC